CAUACUGAUAUACACAUACAUACACACUCUUCUUUUUUUUUCUCUCUCUCUCUCUCUCUAAAAUCGUGUCUUGUUUUUUCUUCCUUUCUUUCUUUGUAUACUCGCGAGAAAGGUGAAGUAUUAGAAGAGAAAACGCAGAUGAGAAAUGAUAUGAAAGCAUCAUCACGCCCAAUCCAAACCUCGCUUUUCCCAUUCCCAAUCCCAAUUGAUGCCGUGAUUUUUUCCUCUCUCUAAAUCUCAAUUCCCUCUCUCCCCCUAACCCUAAAUUGAUGCCGAUUUCGCUGCUCAAUUAGAAUCACAAUCACAAUCAUGUCCUUCCAUCCGAGGCCUUACAGUUACAACAGCUACGGAGAGGCGGAAGACCCGGAGAGGAGGAGCGGCGGCGAAGGCAGCAGCUCCGGCUUAGCGGCGGCGGCGGCGCAACCGCAGCGGGAGCACAUGUUCGACAAGGUGGUCACCCCGAGCGACGUGGGGAAGCUGAACCGCCUCGUGAUCCCGAAGCAGCACGCGGAGAAGUACUUCCCUCUCGACUCCUCCGCGAACGACAAGGGUUUGCUCCUCAACUUCGAGGACCGCAACGGCAAGCCCUGGCACUUCCGCUACUCCUACUGGAACAGCAGCCAGAGCUACGUCAUGACCAAAGGCUGGUCCCGCUUCGUCAAGGAGAAGAAGCUCGACGCCGGCGACAUCGUCUCCUUCCACCGCGGAGCCGGCGAUCUCCCCAAGGACCGCCUCUUCAUCGACUGGCGCCGCCCCUCCGACCUCCCCCGCCACCACCACCACUUCUCCUUCCACCACCACCCCUGGAGCCCUCUCUUCAUCCCCCCUCCUCCGCCGCCCCUCCACCACCACUACCACCGCCCCAUGGCCUACGGAAGCGUGGUGAACGGAAGCCCUUGCCUCCCUGGCUCCAUAGUGUACUUGAGAGGCGGCGCAGCGGCGCAGGGCCAAAGAGAGAUGGUUUUUGAGUCGGUGCCGGUGGUCCAAGGAAAAGCAGCAGCGAAGCGGCUCAGGCUGUUCGGCGUGAAUAUGGAUUGUCCCAUUUCCGAAUCAGAUGACACCUCUCCCCUGCCCGACAAAGGGAAGAAAUCCAUCUCUUUGGAAUUGGAUAUUUAGAAUUAUCCCUUUUGUCUUAAUUAUCUCUCUUUCACACCAACAACUGCUGCUGCUGCGCUCCCAGCUUUUGGAGAUAAUGCAAGAAGGGAAUUUGAAGAGAGAGAGGGAGGGAGAGAUAGGAAAUUAAGGAGUUGAAACUGGGAUCGGCCCUUGAUGUCGUCUAAGGGUUUCGGUUUGUUCGUUUCAUGCUCAAUGAUAGUAUAACACUAUUUCAGCAUUUGCAUUCCUUGGAGAAUAAUCAAUUGCCCUUGAGAUAGGUUCUGAAAAUGAAGAUAUAUAUACAAUUAAUUGUAAGACAUAAAUAUGUAGCUUAAUCAUAUGUAUACAAUGGUGAACUUGUGCAUAUUAUUGGUAUGGUUUCCAGUGGAUGCAUUUUGAUAAGAAAGUUUGAAACAUUAUUCUA